UCUCUUUCUCAGAAAUCCGUUUUUGCUCACGGAUUUUCUGGGAUUCCAGGAUCGAAUGGCAUACCAGGAAUGCCGGGAAUUCCUGGUGCCCCAGGGCCGCAAGGACAACAAGGAAAAGAUGGAGCUAAGGGAGAGCCUGGUGUCAAGGGACCAAGGGGUGUGACGGGAACAAGAGGACAGAAAGGAAAUCCAGGGUCACUCGGUAAAAAUGGUGCACCUGGAAUGAUGGGAAUAAAAGGAGAUAAAGGUGAUGAAGGGUCACGUGGCAGCAGUGGACCGCCAGGAAUCAAGGGUGUGAAAGGAGAGCAGGGAUCUAAAGGAGAGAAAGGAGAAAUCGUGAAUAGUGCAGUGUCACAGACCAACUGGAAACAGUGUGCGUGGAACAAUCUAAAUAAUGGUAGAGAUAGUGGAAAGAUUAAGGUACAGAAAUAUCAAGAAAAUGCAAUGAAAUUAUAUUAAGUGUUGGAGCCAAUUGGUCAUGGCGUACUCUGAAAGAGACUUCUAAGAAAUGCCGCCGAACUAAAAAUCUUAAUUAACAAUUCCGUACAUUAUAGCAGGCAAGAAAAGUAAAAGUUCAUCAUCAAAUUGUCUCCAAUACCACUCUUAUGAAGCCUUUUUUUUUUUUUUUUUUUUUGCACUAAGACUGUCUUUUUGGCAUUUUCUAUAGGAUUGCUCAUUCAAGAAGCUGCAAUCUGAUACAGCUAUUAAAGUCUCAUUCCAGGGAAAUAUGAGAGUCUAUGGCAGUUCAGCUAAAUGCAACCGGUGGUUCUUCAAGUUUAAUGGAAAUGAAUGCAGUGGACCAAUGACAAUUGAGGCUGUUGUGUACAACAAUUGGCCAUCUGGGGAACCUAAUCUGCUUCAUCACAGAUCAUUUGAGGGAUACUGUGAAAACAUUCCACAGGGCAGGGUUACUGUGGAGUUAUGGGUAGGAAAGUGUUCCAGUGGUCAUACACUGGGUGAUGCUAAUACUGGAUGGUCAUCAGUAUCCCGGAUAAUGAUAGAGGAGGUGUCUAGAGCCCAGUCCUAA